CGGUGCCCGCUGUCUUGCCAGACGACUCGGUGCCCGCAGUCUUCCGCCAGACGACUCGGUGCCCGCUGUUCCGCCAAGACUCUUGCCCGCAACGACUCGGUGCCCGCAGCCUUGCCAGGACGACUCGGUGCCCGCAGUCUUGCCAGACCGACUCGGUGCCCACUGUCGUGCCUGGUGACUGCGGUGCCCGCCGCUCCGCCUGGGGGUCCGGCGCCCUGCCGCUCCGCCUGGGGGUCCGGCGCCCCGCCGCUCCGCCCGGUGGCCCCGCUGCCUGCCGCUCCACCCGGUGGCCCGCUGCCUGCUGCUCCGUCUGGUGGCCGCUGCCUGCUGCUCCGCCCGGUGACCCGGUGGUUGCCUGCUGCUUCGCCUGGUAAUCCGAUGUGCCUCUGCCCGGAGUCCAGCCCGAUGUGCCUCUGCCCGGAGUCCAGCCCGAUGUGCCUCUGCCCGGAGUCCAGCCCG